UGAAGUAGCAGGGGAGAACUUAGGAUACCUUGAACCCGAGCAACUCCCAUCACCCCACCAGCUAAUCUACUAAUCUGAUUAAAGUCUCUGCUUUCGCUGCUGUGCUUAGUAAAACACCACAUUUCGCAGCGGUACGCAGGACCAUCACAUCGGAAAAGCAGACAAGCAGGAAAGAUGAGUGCUCUGCACGAAGCGCAAUACCCCCAGAGGAUACUGGACUACAUGGAAGGCUUCCUCAUUUCCAAGACGCUGUUCACUUCCUGCGAGCUGGGCGUCUUUGACUUCCUCCUGGCCUCUCGCCGCCCCCUGUCGGCCGCAGAGGUUGCCGAGGGCCUGGGCACUAGUCGGGAUGGGAUGGAGCGUCUGCUUUCGGCCUGCGUGGGCCUGCAGCUCCUCACCGCCCACCACAGCCAUGCAGACGUCUUGUACAGCAACACAGAGAUGUCGAGGAUGUACCUGACCAAGUGCAGCCCGCGAUCCCUGUAUCACUCGAUACUGUACAGUUCCAGCACCCUCUACCUUUGCUGGAAUUAUCUGACUGAUGCUGUCAGGGAGGGCAGGAACCAGCACGAGAGAGCCUUCGGUGUCAGCUCUGGGGACCUUUUUGGGGCUGUUUACAGGUCAGAUGAAGAGACGCUCAGCUUCAUGCAGCUGAUGAACUCCAUCUGGAAUAUCUGCGGUGAAGAUAUCGUCAUGGCCUUUGACCUAUCACCAUUUAAGACCAUAUAUGACCUUGGGGGCUGCAGUGGAGCCCUGGCACGGCGGUGUGUGACAGCUUACCCUGGCUGCUGUGUCACCAUCUUUGACCUCCCCAAGGUGGUCCGAAUGUCCCGGGAACAUUUCAUAUCCCAGGAGAACGAAGGGAUCUUGUUUUUCGAAGGGGACUUCUUCCGAGACCCGCUUCCUGAAGCUGACCUGUACAUCCUAGCCCGGAUCUUGCAUGAUUGGACGGACUCACGGAGCCUGGAGCUGCUGACUAAGGUCUACCAGCGCUGCAGAACUGGUGGGGGCGUGUUGCUGGUGGAAGCGCUCCUGCAUGAGGACAAUAGCGGCCCGGUAACUGCGCAGCUGUACUCCCUCAACAUGCUGGUGCAGACGGAGGGCAGGGAGAGGAAGACGUCGGAGUACGCAGCCCUCCUCACCGCUGCGGGCUUUGCCAGCAUCCAGGUCCGGAGGACUGGCAAGAUCUACGAUGCCAUCCUGGCCACAAAGUGA